AUGGGACGGGGCGUCAACACUGAGAAUGGGGAGAUCCCACAUUGUGGAGAGAGGGACCGGGGAAGACGGAAGCGGAGGGAAAACAACAUUGGAUUCCGGGGAAUGUUGAACGGGGAUGGGGUGCGUUCCGGUGGAUGGAAGGUUCCGGAGACUGACGUUCCAGUGGUUCACUGCUCCGGGAAGUACCCAGGCUGGUCACCAUCCCAGCGUGGGAGACGGGGAGGUGACCAGGACAGUCUGUUGCACUGUGAACAGUUGCAUCUGCUUUUGGAACCGGUGGUCAGGGUAAAGAACUGCAUCAGUUACUUUGUGUAUCAGCUGUGGCCGUCACCCCACAAUUACGCUGUGUAUUGUACAGCCACAGACUCCGCACUCGGUGACCCGUGUUUGACCCACACCGUCCUGGAUCAGCCUUGGAGGAGCACGGAUUGUUCCAACACUGAGUGCAGCAGAGGGACAUGGAUGGAUGAUGGAAAUCUUGCAGUGGGAUGGUACAGAUUUAACAGUUCCGGUGGAUGGAAGAUUCCAGAGACUGUCCUUCCAGGAUAUCACUGCUCCGGGCUGUACCCAGGCUGGUUAACCGGUCCCCAUCCCAGCGUGGGAGACGGGGAGGUGACCAGGACAGUCUGUUUCACUUCGCACAGUAACAUCUGCUACAUGAACAGGGAGAUCAGGGUGAAGAACUGCACUGGUUACUUUGUGUAUCAGCUGUGGCCCUCAGCCUACUACCACGCCUACGCUUUGUAUUGUACAGGUAGGUCCCCGUUCCCCAGUCACACGGGUUCUCAUCCCCUGGUCUGGCCUGUGACCGCACUUGGUCCAAUCGCUCCGUGGGUUCCAGCCUCUCCCCCUCACCCCUGGACCUAUACUUCCCUCCCCCUCAUGGAAACAUCACUCUCACCCCUCCAUCCUGGACUCUUCACUCUCUCUGGCACCAUCCACUACCCUACUCUUCCCCGACCAUGUCCCCUCCCAUUGGUACAGUCCCCUCCGCUCGUGUGUCCUCCUCCCCACUUGCCCCAACACUGA